CGCCUCUGGUGGGCGCAUUCCGAACCCCUGAUUUCUUUGCCUUCCGCCCUGGCUCCCCCCAGCCCUGGUUCCCCACCCUCUCUGCCCCGGGCCUCCACUCCCCGAGGGCUCAGUGGGCUCAAUCUAUGCGGUGCCGCCACCAUGUUGACCAAAUCGCCGGUUCCACCACUCCCCGCGACCACCAUGCCGCCAGGAGGCAAGGACCGAGAAGCAUUCGAGGCCGAGUACUGCCUGGGCCCUGUCCUGGGGAAGGGGGGCUUUGGCACUGUCUUUGCCGGACACCGCAUCUCAGAUCGACUCCAGGUGGCUAUCAAAGUGAUCCCCCGAAACCGUGUGCUGGGCUGGUCCCCCUUGCCUGAUUCUGGUACAUGCCCACUGGAAGUGGCACUGCUUUGGAAGGUGGGUGCCGGUGGUGGACACCCUGGUGUGAUCCGCCUGCUCGACUGGUUUGAGACAACUGAGGGUUUCAUGCUGGUCCUUGAGCGGCCUUUGCCAGCCCAGGAUCUCUUUGACUACAUCACAGAGCAGGGCCCACUGGGUGAAAGCCGAAGCCGCAGCCUCUUUGCCCAAGUAGUGUCAGCUGUUCGGAACUGUCAUGCCCGCGGCGUUGUCCAUCGUGACAUCAAAGAUGAGAACAUCUUGAUGGACCUCUGCCGGGGUCGUGCCAAACUUAUUGAUUUUGGUUCCGGUGCCCUGCUUCAUGAUGAACCUUACACUGAUUUUGAUGGGACACGGGUAUACAGCCCUCCCGAAUGGAUCUCGUGUCACCAGUACCAUGCCCUCCCAGCCACGGUCUGGUCACUUGGCAUCAUCCUCUAUGACAUGGUGUGUGGGGAUAUCCCAUUCGAGAAGGACCAGGAGAUUCUGGAGGCUAAGCUCUGCUUCCCAGCUCAUGUCUCCUCAGACUGCAGUGCCCUAAUCCGCCGGUGCCUGGCCUCCAAACCAUCUGCACGCCCUUCACUGGAGGAGAUUCUUCUGGAUCCCUGGAUGCAGACACCAGCUGAAGAUGAAACCCUUGAUGAUGUCCCCGAAGGGGCUUCCACUCCUCUAGCCUGGUCCCUGCUGCCCUAAUAGUGCCCAGGCCUCCCACACCCACCUGCCCACUCCUGGUUGGAACAACCAUUUCAUGGUUGUGCCACAGGGAUAGAUGGGCCAACUACAGUUGACUUGGUUU